AUGCUUUCAGAGCCUGAUUCUGAAGAGGAAGGCUCGGAAUGGGAGGAGGAGAUCGUGGUCGUGGAGUUGAGCGGCGUCCCGAACCCAGACUUGGUGCUUGACAGCAAUGGUCCGUGUUCCAUUCUGGUGGGUGUGGCCAUGAAUCUACUUGUGCAUGUGGGCGGCAACCUUUCAUUCUUCAAAGGGUUUGAGUACGCCUGA